ACCAUAUUCCAUUAUCCCACUCAAAUUCUAAGUACUCUUAUUGAAUAAACAUUAAAAGAAAAAAAAAUAGUAAUAAUGUUGAAAUCAUUACCGUUAUCACUACUCAAGGUCCUGGCCUUGAUCUUCAAAAUUUGGUCAUGGUGGACCUUAUUAUUAUUAAUGUUCGAAGGAGCCCUAGGAGACCCUCAAAUCAAUUCACUAAUCAAGGCUUGCGGAAAGCUGGUCCCAACCAUCAGCUUGAUCAACUUCAAGAAGAUUCUGAAUGCAACAUUGGAAGACCUGAGAAACCAAAGCACAAGAAAGAACUACUUUGGCACUUCACAUAAUGUUAUGGGAGAUGACACUGUAUAUGGCAUGUUCCAAUGUAGAAGAUACCUUUCUAACACCGAUUGCGCCGCCUGUGUUGCCGCUGCCACUGCCGAUAUCCUUAGUUGCUCCGGUGGGAUUAGUUCCCAUCUUGUAUACGACGGGUGCUCCCUCAGAUAUGGACCAUUCAGCUUCUUCACUGAUGCCAUUCGUGGUGUCAAUGGUAUUCUGUGUGGAAAUCAAACUUCAAAGGGAGAAACCAAUAAGGAUGAUUUUAGUGAGGAAGUAAAACAAGUGCUAAACAAGCUACAAAUAGCAACACCCAAAAUCCCUAAUUACUAUGCAGCCACAAAGACACAAUCAAUCUAUGCUAUUGCACAAUGUGUUGAAACUGUUUCAGCAAAUAGUUGUCAUGCUUGUCUCAACCGUGGAUUCAACGACAUACAAGGUUGUCUUACCUACACAGAUGGUAGGGAAUAUGACGCUGGCUGUUUUAUGAGAUACUCUCACAAACCUUUCUUUGCUGAUAACCAAAUCAUUGAUAUCACACCCUUCUUAGACAAAGGUGAUUCACGCAAGAAGUUGUAUAUAAUAUUUGGUGUUUUGGGAGGUGUAGCUCUUAUUAUUAUGGUCUUCUUUGGAUUUUUCAAGAAAACCAUGAGAGUUCCUAAAGGUGAAAUACCAGGAGCAACCAAGUUGAAAGCACCAAUUAACUAUAAAUACAAUGAUUUAAAAGCUGCAACAAACAAUUUUAACGAAGAAAAUAGACUAGGAGGAGGUGGCUUUGGCAAUGUAUACAAGGGAACUCUAAAAAAUGGUAAAGUUAUUGCGGCGAAGAAGUUGUUCUCAGGUCAAUCCAAGAAGUUGGAGGAUGACUUUGAAAGUGAAGUGAAGUUUCUAAGUAAUGUUCAUCACCGAAACCUUGUUAGACUCCUUGGAUUCUGCAAAAAAGGUCAAGAGAGAAUAAUAGUUUAUGAAUACAUGACAAAUGGCAGUCUUGAUAAAUUGUUAUUUGGUAAGAAAAAAGGUUGGCUAAAUUGGAAGCAACGUUAUGAUAUGGUUUUAGGCACAGCAAGGGGAUUGGCCUAUCUACAUGAAGAGUUUUAUGUUUCAAUCAUUCAUAGAGAUAUCAAAAGUGGCAACAUCCUCUUAGACCAUGAACUUCAGCCCAAAAUUUCUGAUUUUGGGUUGGCAAGGUUUCUUCCAAGUGACCAAUCCAAACUCAAUACUAGAUUUGCAGGAACAUUGGGAUAUACAGCACCUGAAUAUGCAAUUUACGGCCACUUAUCAGAAAAAGUUGAUACAUACAGCUAUGGUAUUGUAGUUCUAGAAAUUAUAAGUGGUCAAAAGAGUACCGAAAUAGUGAAAAAUAAUAAUAAUGAUGAUGACGACCAUGAAUAUCUUAUCAAACAAGCAUGGAAACUUUAUGAGCAAGGCAAGCACCUGGAGUUAGUGGAUAAGAAUUUAGACCCUAAUGACUAUGAUGCGGAAGAAGUGAAGAGAGUGAUAGAGAUUGCUUUAAUGUGCACUCAGGCAUCACCAUCAAAGAGGCCCAAAAUGACUCAAGUAGUAGUCUUACUCACAAGUAAGGCCCAAUUUGAGAAUUUGCAACCUUCAAUGCCUGUAUUUAUUGAGUCAAACUUGAAAUCUCAAGGAAGCAAUUUUGGCUCAAAUGCUACCGUCUCUGAUUCUAUUUUAUCAGCUAGAUGA